GGUAGGGCUGUCGGGUUGGGGGUCGAAUGUGAAACGAGAAAACUUUCCAAGGUUAAAACUACUUUUAUCGGAAUAGUGGGAGAAAUCAGAAACUUGUAUUUGAAGAAGUAAAGAAGACGUGCAUUUCGCAACAUAUGUUUCGUGAAAAAUAGUUAUUUGUUUAGUGUUUAAAAUGGCAAAUGCGAUUGCAGUUUUCGUGGUAACGGUAUUUUGUGUUGUAUUCGUUAACACUGAUGCGCCUGCUUUAAAAUUUUACCAAGAAAAGAAUUACCACGAAGCGCAAGAUUUAACAGAUGGAGAUAUAAAGAACCUAGCAAAACUAUCAGACCGGGUACAUUUCAGACAAGUGCUCGAUGAAAUCUUGAUACCGCGUGUGGUUGGUACUCCCAACCAUGAGAAGGUUGGCAGUUACAUUGUUAACGAGAUGAAGGAUCUCGGCUGGGACGUCACAGAGGAUGUGUUCCCGGAUAAAACGCCGGUAUUUGGUACUCUGAACUUCAGGAACAUUAUCGCCAGGUUGAACCCGAACGCUGACAGGUAUUUGGUACUAGCGUGCCAUUAUGACAGCAAAUAUACGAGGGAGCAUGUAUUUAUUGGCGCGACAGAUUCCGCGGUUCCUUGUGCCAUGAUGAUAAACCUCGCCAAGGUCAUGUCCACACUACUAGACCCCUUGAAAACCAGCUCGCCAAGCCUGAUGUUCAUAUUCUUUGAUGGGGAAGAGGCCUUCCGUCACUGGGGGCCGAAGGACUCCAUUUAUGGCGCAAGACAUUUGGCCAGCACGUGGAAUAAUAUGCAUUACAAAGAUGGCGCGAAUCACUUGCAAAGAAUGGACGUCCUAGUACUCCUAGACCUCCUCGGUACCCCAGACCCGGCAUUCUACAGCUACUUCAAAACAACGGAGCGUUGGUAUGUCCGCCUCGCAAGCGCUGAGCAGCGGCUGAGCGAGUUGAAACAGCUGACUGGGUACUCGCAGGGCAAGCCCGAGCAGACGUACUUUAAACUGGCCAGCUCUGGCGCGUUUAUAGAGGACGAUCAUGUACCGUUUAUGAGGAGGGAUGUAGACAUCCUGCAUAUAAUUCCGAAUCCGUUCCCGAGUGUAUGGCACACGGCCGAUGACAACAUCAACGCGCUAGACUUCAACACCAUAGAUAAUUUAAACAAAAUCUUCCGAGUAUUCGUCGCUGAAUAUCUCCAUGUGAAGCCCUAGCGACGGUGGCGUUUCUUGUUAUAUUACCCUGUGGACUUUGAUUACUCUGUGGACUAUGAUUACUCUGUAUGAUGUUAUCUGUGGGCUGUGCAAUUUGGCGCGAAACGGCUGUCAAUUUGACGUGAAUUUGAAUUUGAAACAUUAUUUGUUUCAAAAUGUAAUUGAGAUUAAUUCUAAUAUUGUUGUUAUGUAUAGGUACCACAGAAACACAAAUAUACUUAUGCAUUGACUUCAGUUCAAUAAAAUUUUAAAUUAUGUAUACGACAAAAAAUCAUACGUACGCUCGUACGUCCUCGUAAGUUAGUUCGUAUUAUACAAAGACGUGAGAUGUACUUAUAUAUUUUUGUGAUAUAAAUGAAAAUAAAAGCUAUAUCUAAACACAAAACAAAUUAUCAGCAGUUUGUACUUACUUUAUUAACCCAGAUUCUCUUAUUUAAAUAAAAUCCAUACAUAAGUACAUCAUUUUUGUUAAAUUACUUAAAAUCACAGUUAUUAUGAAAUUACCCUCUACUAACAUUAGUGUAUACAAAAUUUAAAUUGUUGCAGCAAUGAUGAAAAGCGAAAGUAUUGUUAAACAUUCCAUUAUAGCUACAUUCCUAUAAUAAUUGUACAUAUAAUUUUCUAUUGUACAUAAAAAAAGUGUGUGAAAUACGUACGCGGUUAUUAUAAUGCGUAAAUUGAAAGGCCUUCGUGUUGAUAUGCUUUAUUUAACAUUUUUAUAGCUUUCAUCAAUUUAGUGUCGCGACUAAAAAUAACUGAAAAUCUAAAAGAAAUAUCUACAUCAAUUUAAAGGCCUAAUUAAAUGAAUAUUACUAUUUUAAUAAAAUAUAAGCUAAGCAUGCUAUUCUAAGGUAUGCGAAGCAAAGGGGUAAAUUGAAAUUUUAAUUGUAAAUUGUAAAUUAAUAAAUACGUAAAUUUUAUAAAGAUUAUCAAACAAAAUGUUACAUGCUAUAUGUUUUUGACGUAGAAAUUGUAUUUCCAUUAAAACUAUAUACCUGAAAACAUGAUUUGUUUUCAUGUUAUUGCCCACGCCUUACGUGAGAGUAGAAUGUAGAAAAUAAUGUUAUCUAUUUUCGUAAAAUUAUUUAUAAACAAUCGUAUAAGAAAAAGUACGUUAACGCUUUAAAUGGAGAUUGCCUUUAAUUAUUUAUUAGUGAAUAAGAAAAAUCAUUUCUUGCUCUUUAUAUAUAUUAAUAAAAAAAAAUAAUAAGUACCUACCUAACUAUAUAUGAUAUUUUUAGAUAUUAUAAAAUUCCCAACUACAUAUUAUUAUUGUUGUUCACUUUUGACAUUGUUUUUGAGUUCCUACAAACGGUUGUGGUUUUUUUUAAUUGUACUUGUGCGGAAAUUAAAACGAGCUCACAUGAGUGGAAGCCUUAGGUGGUUACUCGGGGUUUGUAUUAUUUUACAGAGUCGCUACAAAAUAUAUAUUUUAGCUAAAUUUUGUGUACUUAACUGACAAUACUUUUGUUUGUGUAGUUUCCUUCUUUAUUUUUAAGUAGGAACACUGAACAAUUGGUAAUUUAUAUAACGUACAUGAAUGUAUCUCUUAUUAGUGUUAAAAAUCAAAUAAAAAAAUAUUAUAUCGUUAUUAAAAAUACAAUAUUGAAAAUGAA